AUGGUCCUUAGUAUCAUAUUUGUAUUUGACUAUGGAUUGAGCUUUGCAAUUGUCACUGCCACCGUUUCUCAAGUUUUCCUCUUCCACGGAAAAGAGAUUCUUUUGAUGUGGAGGAAGACAAGAGUUGCACUAAAAGAACAAGCCGGAGACUUGCAUACAAGAAUCAUGAAGAAAAACUGCGCACAAGUCCCUGACUGGUGGUUCAUGACAAAUUUAGUCCUUAUGAUUAUUUUGGCAUUGGUAUGUUGUGAAGGCUUUGACAAGAAGCUCCAACUUCCAUGA